AUGUCGGACGAUAGCCAGUUCGAUUUCAGCAAAUGGGAUUUCCCCGAGGAUCGCAUAUGGCUACACAUUCCGGAAUCGGAGAUGAUCAUAAAAAUCUGUACCUUUGUACCGGUUUUGAUUUUCGGUUUAAUUGGCAAUUAUAUUAUCGUACGUUUGAUUGUUAAAAAUCGGGCCUUGAGAACUCCAACAAAUUUAAUUAUUGCCAAUAUGGCAGUGGCGGAUUUAUUAACCCUGUUAAUAUGUCCCUCGAUGUUUCUCAUAAAUGAUUUCUAUCAAAAUUAUUUACUCGGAUCAGUUGGCUGUAAAUUGGAAGGAUUUUUGGAGGGGGCAUUUUUAAUAACAGCCGUGUUGAACCUUUCUGCGGUGAGCUAUGAUCGUUUAACGGCCAUUGUUUUGCCAAGUGAGGCCCGUUUGACAAUGAGAGGAGCCAAAAUUGUCAUAUUCUUUACAUGGUUGGCAGGGAUUUUGAUAGCCUUGCCAUUGGCCAUAUAUCGAACAUAUAAGUUUCAGGUUCGUCAUUGGAAAAACUUCACGGAGAUGUAUUGUAAAGAAAAUCCCAAUAUUUUACCAAAAUACUGGUAUGUUCUAAUAACGGUAAUGGUUUGGUUGCCCUUGGCCAUAAUGCUGAUUUGUUAUACGGCUAUAUUUUAUAAGUUGGAUCGUUAUGAAAAACGUGUCCUAAAUCGUGAACACCCCCUGACAGUAUCGUACAAAAAAACUGUGGCUCGAACCCUAUUCAUAAUUACCAUCGUAUUUGUCGUUCUACGUUUACCCUUUACCAUAUUGGUGAUAAUGCGUGACCGUAUUAUUGCCAAUACAGAAAGUAUGAUAAAAAGUAGCUUUCGUAUAUUUUGGUAUAUCUCACAAUAUCUGAUGUUUCUGAAUGCUGCUAUCAAUCCGGUAAUUUAUGGCUAUACUAAUGAUAAUUUUCGAAGGGCCUAUGAACAAUUGCCGCUGUGUAAAUCAUGUUGCAGUCCAAAAACGAAGCUGCCAAAACCGAAACAUACUUUAUGGAAAUCGGUAAAUAUGUGGCUUCGUAAAAAUCUAUGUUGUUUCAAAACCACCAAUGAUUUCACCGGCAGUCUGCGGAAUCAGAAUUUGAACGUAGGCUUCAUCAAUGAUACCAUCGAAGCGGACAAAGUGGUUCAAAAUAAACCUAAAGGCUCUGGAAAUUCAACAAUUGAAGAACAUAUAUAA